CACCGGAAGCAUUUUUAUCCUCCGCAAAACCACAAUAUCGUGUCCUCGCAACUUUUUAACUGGUAAAUAUCCGUAGCAGAACUUUGAAUUUUGUGCUUGGGAAAUUCUUUUUGUUUUUUUUCGUGUUUAUUACUUUUUUCCUUGGAUUCCGAAGACUUUCGUGGAGGACGAAAUUUUCAGUCGAUUUCGACACUUUAAUCGUAUCGGAUGGUGUUUUCCUGAUUUUUUUUCUUAUUGCACCAGAAUGGUGAUUUUUUUGUUGGAAAGUUGAGACUGUGAAUCGGAAAUGACAAACACCAAAGGGAUUCGACCACCAAUUUGGGAGGCCUCUCGGAGGCCAAUGUUUGUCAAAUCUGUCUGGCUGGACAAUCAGGGGUAUCGUCAUAUAAUCCUGGACGGUGUCACGACAAAGAAACGCGCAAAUUGUCCCACAGUUCAACGAGAAAAUAAUAAAGAGAUCGGAGAAAAUUUUGACGCGAGCUGCGAACAAAGUCCCUUGGAGCUUGUGGGAUCAUCCGACAUUCUGACCAUAAACCCCAAUCCCAAAGAGUCUAAUUUGGCUCGAAAUCAACACAAAUUGUGCAGGAAGCUAUUUAAAAGUCGCUAUAGUGUUGAAGUCUUGAGGAAACACCUCACUGGAAGUGUAAGAGGAGGCCAUCAGGACGUAGGUGGUCGACCAGGAGGAAAACCAGGCGAGGAGUCUGGAUCAAGUGGCGGGAAUUUGCGAGACAGUGAAGUGAUCGUGAUCAGUGAGCAGAGCAAAAAUCAACUAACAGAACGGGUUCUUCAGUGGCUGGAUCUCGCUGGAAAGAACACCCUCGUGAGACCAGAGAGUGAAGUAGCGUCCAAAGAUACUUCUGCGGGCGGUGUAACCCAAAGACGCAUUUUCACCGCAGAAGUCAAUCGAAAACUCCCAAAUCAGGGAUUACCGUGCCUCAAACGCACUGAAUCUGUCCAUCAUCUCUCAAUAACCCUCAACGAAGAGGAUUCUGGCGAGGCUUCGCGGUCAGACACCUCUGGACAGACACCAAGAAUAAAAUUUGGAGAUUUCUUUCCGGUAACGUAUCGCUGUUCCCGGAAAUUUCUCUCACACAGCUCCUACCGGAAUCGCCUAAAUUCCCCACCAACCUACAUGAACACCCCAAUGGCUCAGUCAGCGGGACGGGGCAAGGUAGCAGCAGGAGUGGGAAGCAAUGGGAGGAAGACAUUACCUGAGCACGCGAAUCGCAAUGACAAAAAUAGAAAACAACAAUUCUCCAGUGCGGUGACAUCGUCGUCAACAGGAGGAAAAUUAGGGAAAAAUGACAGUAUUGAAAAUCAAUACCGUGGCAUAAUCCAUCGACAGCUCCUGGAGACAUCGUGCAAUACGCAAAUUGCCAAGCGACAACUGCACAUCUUUAUGCCCAAUCUACCCAAUAAAACCAAGGGGGAUUGCGACAGUUGCCUCAGCAGUGACUUGUCCAAGAAGUCACAUAGUUAGAUCAAUGCCUCCUUCCCGCCCUCAAAAUCUCAAGCAUUUUUUCCCCUCUUCCACUCACCUGGUACGAAAGAUUCGUGACAUCACGGGCCUGGAAGCGUGACCUCAGUGGCGGAUCCAAUGGGGCUCCACGGUACUUUGGCACUGGCAAUCCCAGAGCUAUCACCCGGAAGUCCUCAGAUACCCUCACGAGACCCCAUCGAGUCAAUUCUUCAGUCCCAUAUUGUUCCAGAAGUUUGUCGUAUCUGUGAAGUUUCCAUUAGUCACAAUUAAUUUACUAUUAAACUUUCAAAAGACUUUAGACGAGGAAUAAAUCUUUAAGUCCUAUUGAUAA